AUGAUAGUGGGCAUGGCUGACUUAAUAACACUGAAUUCGCAAGCAACUCCAGAAUUCUCAAACAAGCAGGUGAUCGCAACAGCAGACCCAGACCACGGCGACCACGCCAACAAACAAUCCGGAAUUGGGUCCGCACGAAGAGUAUCAACCAAGGGAGAAAAAGAACACCACAUACUGAGAACCUACGGGCACGGCCGUCGCACACUUGACAACAGAAAACUGUACACGAAGGAGAACGGGAUGGUCGCGAUCGCACAAUCAGGGGUCAAUCCGACUUGCAGCGGAUUGGGGAAUUGGGAAACUAUGGGCAACGAAAGAAAGCGCGAUUUCAACGAGCGAAAGGGAUUCCGUAAGGAGCGUGGUAGAGAGCACAAUGACUCUCUGGUCGGAAGGGAACUCGAUGAAAGAGACAGCAAAAGAAGGACGGACCAGCAAAAGUCGAGGAAGAGAGCGGGAGAAGGGGAGUCAGGAGGAGAUGAAGAAGGCGGCUGCCCGGGGGAGGGGGCAGGAACCAGGGGCUGCGACGGGCACAGGCUAGCUAGUAGCGGCAGCGCGGUGGGUGGAAACAAGGGCUUAGGCGUUGGAGGGCGAGCUGGCGCUGAUCGACUGGCGGCGUGGAGGCGGCUGGGUGCGUGGCAACUGGACGGGGCAUCGCAAGCCGGGUGGAACGGGCAGCCGGUGCCAGGCCGGGCAGCAACGGCGUGCGCUGUAGGGAAGGCGCAGCCCAGUUUCAGCUGCCCGCUGGUCUGUUUUGCCCUUUCCUGUUCCUGUGCCGGGCCCGCCCCGAAAUUGCUGUCGGCUGCUGCGGGCCAAUCAGCGCGGCCGCUGCCCGGCGGAUCGAACACGCGCAGCCAGGAACACCAAUCAGCGCCCCGAACGUGGGAGCGCCUGCCCACACCGUCACCCAGGCGCAUAAAUUGCUCCUUCCUGCGCGUUGUCUGCCCAGCAUUGGUCACUCUGGGCAGUAACCUCGACUUCAUCGCGCAUGAGGAUAUCGGGCCUCCCGUCCUCUCGCUGCGACCACCUGUCCGUUCAGACUUCGGACAGGUCGCAUCGAGAAUGACGAUAACACGCACGUUGCGUGGUUCGUGCUAUACUUUGUACGGGAUACGGACUCCGGAUGGUGGCGUCCACCGGGCGCCUUGA